GUUGUUGAGAGGAACGAAGUGGGGCCUUGGGGGAAGGCGGAAACUGCUCACCAGCGGAGGACCCACACCAUAAAAAGAAGUCUGUGCACUGAAGGAAAUGAUGGAAUCUGAGCAUGAAGAGCCUGCUAUUUAAUGUACUUGUGGGAGGGCAUCCUAUAUUGUCUACCCUGCUAAGCGCUGGCUUGGAUACUGGCACUGCAAGGGCAGAACCUAAUAUAAUGGGACUAAUGGUGUUUGCAUGAGGGGAGAGGACCGGCAGUAAUGGGCUAUAAUCUGGCUAGAGAGGAAGGAAAUCCAAUGUGACAGCUGUCUGGAAGGCAACUUUACACAGUGGUAAUGUCUUGGAAGAAUCCAGUGAGUGCCAUGAUAAAGAAGCUUUCAGAAGUGAAAUGCUCAGCAUCUUGUCUGGCCUAACAGGCAAUUCAUGGGUACCAUUACGAGUGAACAAGCAGCCACAGCUUUCCCAACAACGUAACCGAUUGAGACCAUGGGGACAGAGACUGGUGAGGAGGGGCCACCCAGUUUGGAGUACAUCCAGGCCAAAGACCUAUUCCCACGGAAGGAUCUGGUGAAGGAAGAGGAGGACCUGCAGAUUCCUUUUCCGGUACUCCAGGGUGAAGGUGUGGAAUACCUGGGCCGUGCAGAUGAUGCUAUAAUCGCUAUUUCCAAUUACAGGCUGCACAUUAAAUACCAGGAUUCUCUAAUCAAUACCUUUCUGCAGGGUGUGGACGGUGACAUCUCAGUGCCUGUACGGUUAAUUGAAGCUAUUGAGAGUCGGGACAUGUUCCAGCUUCACAUUGUCUGUAAAGAUUCCAAAGUGGUCAGGUGUCAUUUCUCUACAUUUAAGCAGUGUCAGGAAUGGCUGAAGAGAUUAAACAAAGUAAUUGCUCACCCGACCAGACUGGAAGACUUGUUUGCCUUUGCGUAUCAUGCUUGGUGCUUGGGAAUCUGUGCCGAUGAGGAAGAUCAGCAUGUGCAUCUCUGUCACCCUGGAGAUCAUGUCUGCCACCGGUUUGAGAUGGAAGUAGAGAGAAUGCGUUUUGACCUGCAAAAUGUCUGGAGAGUCAGUGAAGUGAACUGCAAUUACAAGUUAUGUGCCAGUUACCCUCAAAAGUUGCUCGUUCCAGUGUGGAUCACAGAUAAGGAACUUGAGAGUGUUGGAACCUUCAGGUCUUGGAAGAGGAUUCCUGUGGUUGUCUACAGACACCUGCGGAAUGGUGCUGUGAUAUCACGCUGCAGUCAGCCAGAGAUUAGCUGGUGGGGUUGGAGAAAUGCGGAUGAUGAAUAUCUGGUGACGUCCAUUGCGAAAGCCUGCAUUUUGGAUCGAGGAACCAAGAUGAAUGGAAAGGGCAAGAAUGAGGGAACUGAUCUGUCUGAUGCAGAAUUUGAUUCAUCCAUUACGGGAUCUGUGGCAGAGAGUGGAGGAACACCACAGAAGUUGCUUAUUCUGGAUGCAAGGUCAUACACUGCAGCCGUAGCCAACCGUGCAAAGGGUGGAGGUUGUGAGUGUGAAGAAUAUUAUCCAAACUGCGAAGUGAUGUUCAUGGGAAUGGCAAAUAUUCAUUCAAUCAGAAAUAGCUUCCACUCACUCCGAGCUGUGUGCAGUCAAAUGCCAGAUCCUGGAAACUGGCUUUCAGCGUUGGAGAGUACCAAGUGGUUACAACAUCUAUCCGUGAUGUUGAAAGCAGCUGUGCUGGUGGCAAAUAUGGUGGAUAGGGAAGGGAGACCAGUCCUUGUACACUGUUCUGAUGGCUGGGAUCGCACUCCGCAGAUAGUAGCAUUGGCCAAAAUCCUAUUGGAUCCUUAUUAUAGGACAAUUGAGGGAUUCCAGGUUCUUGUGGAAACUGAGUGGCUGGAUUUUGGUCACAAGUUUGGUGAUCGUUGUGGUCAUUCUGAAAAUCUGGAUGACCUGAGUGAGCAGUGUCCAGUAUUUCUACAAUGGUUGGACUGUGUUCACCAGCUUUUGAAGCAGUUUCCAUGUCUCUUUGAGUUCAACGAUGCAUUCCUAGUGAAGCUGGUUCAACACACAUAUUCAUGUCUGUAUGGAACAUUCCUCUGUAACAACAGCAGAGAGCGAGAGGCACGCAACAUCUAUAAGCGUACGUGCUCAGUUUGGUCCUUACUACGAACUGGCAACAAAAACUUCCAGAAUUAUCUGUAUAUCCCCAGCAGUGAAACGGUUUUACACCCAGUAUGUCAUGUUCGGGCACUUCACUUGUGGACAGCUGUUUAUCUGCCUAUUUCCUCUCCAUGCACACCCAUUGACAGUGCUGAGCUCUGCCUCUCUCGAAGUGGAGCAGCAGAGGAGCGAGCUGGGAAAUCGCUGGACAGAUUACCAAAGGCCCGCUCUGUGGACAAUCUUCCCUUGGCCUGUGAUAGUGGAGCUCCUCUUGCAAGAACAUCCAGUGAUCCUAAUAUAAACCAGCAUUGUCAGGAAGGACGUGAUUCUCCAGAACCCAGAAACCCACCUGUAUUAGUUGUGCCUGAUGUAACUUAUGAACUUGGUGCUGGAGCAUCUCUCUCAGAACUUAAACCAGAUAGUUUGAUGGAUCCAAUAGAAACUGCAGAGGAGGUUAGGGAAGAAAGUCUGGUUAAUAACCUACCUCUUAAUGCUGAAGGGGAGGAAUUGGCAGAUACCAGGAAUCAAAUAGAGAAAGCAGCUCAUGAUAGCAACCUCAAAUCAUUGACCUAUCCCAAAGAUGCUCUACAAGAGGAGCCUUCAAAUAGUCUUCACCAUAAUGCAACAGCAAACAGUGAGUUGGAGAAUAAAGCACUUGGAGAUACUCCAAAAGUUGAAUUUACAGAGGAAAAUGUGAAACAUAGGAUUUGUGAGAAUCCCCAAGCUCAGUGUGAACAAUAUGUACCAAACCCAUCUACAAAGACCAUCCCCUUAAGCACUGACCAGUCACCAGAAUAUAAUGGCAGUCCAUCUGCUUUUCAACCCUACCUCCAUUCCGUGGCAGAUAUAUUUAACGUCAAGAAAAAAAUUUCGGCAAUGAACAGCUCCACAGAGACUGUGACUGAAGAGAGGACAAAAGCAGAUGGUUUAUCCCUCCCCAAGGACACCAGUUUUGGAAAAAACAAUAUACUUGUGAAUAGACUUCAGAAUGAAGCGGACCAGUACAGGGCUGGCCGAACAGGAUCGGAGAAUGUGCGAACUAUUAGGAAGCAUAUUUGUCAAAGUCAGUUCAGUGACUUUUCAUUGCUGAGCUCAAAUUGGGACAGUGUACAGGGCUUGGUAAAAUCAGCCUACAGUGGUGAUGCAAACUACAGGAGAGCCAAACUGAAUGGUUGUCAUUAUAAAAGACUAAAUAAUAAGCACCUGAAGGUGGGUUCUGCAGUGAAUGGACAAUACCUGCUUAAGGAGGAACAAGUAGGACCAUUUAAGAAUCUCCGACAAUCCCACCAAAUCCAUUCUAGCCUUUAUUCAUUAGGAUCAAAUGUAAAGAUUUGUGGUUUUCUCUCUCACUCGUCACAUUGGAGACAACUUCAACAGAUUCGGCAUGCAGCUCCUACCACUUUGGAGACAUCUCCAAGCUACGUUGACGACGAUGGAUUGCCAUUUCCCGUGGACGCAGUUCAACAGAGGUUGCGGCAGAUUGAGGCAACUUACAAGCAGGAGGUUGAGUUGCUUCGCCGACAGGUUCAUGAACUUCAGAUGAGACUAGACAGUCAGCAGUACUGUACCUCUCCUGCGGAGAUUGACAUUGAUUAUGGGGAUGACUUUACAUGCCUGAGAGAAUCGGACGAUAGUGAUAUUGAGGAAUCUCUGUCCAUCCACAGUGAUGACCAGCGCUCAGAAGCAAGUUGGGAACCUGUGGAUAGGAAGGAGACUGAGGUGACUCGAUGGGUCCCUGAUCAUAUGGCAUCUCAUUGCUUUAACUGUGACUCAGAGUUCUGGUUAGCCAAAAGGAGACAUCAUUGCAGGAACUGUGGAAAUGUGUUUUGUGCCAACUGUUGCCACCUGAAGCUACCCAUUCCAGAUCAGCAGCUAUAUGACCCUGUGCUGGUGUGUAACUCCUGCUAUGAUCAGGUUCAAGCUUGCCGUACCAGGGAGAUUAUGAAUCAGCAGCUGAAGAAGCCGAUUGCUACUGCAUCCAGUUAAAGUGGCAUUCUGCCUUCCCUAACUUGUGCCGUGAAGCUUCUGUCGUCCAGGAAACUUGACACUUGAAGGUUAUCUGGGUCCCACAGAAACAAAAAACAUAAAUUUCCAGCUGGAUAGCUGUUUGGAAGAUCGAAAAUACUGAUGUAAAAAAAAAUGCUGCUACAACAAGCUCUAGACCUGUGCACUAUGAACUUUCGAUGUGGGAGGGUAGUAGGUAGGGAAAAAGAAACAAAUCUAUUCCUAACUGAUGUGCUGUUGAGGUUCGAAAAAGUUGUCUAAUUCAUGUGUAAAGAGCUUUAGAGAUAUAAAGUGGAGACUGUGUGGUGUUCUGUUUCUCAAUUGUUUAAACAGCCAUUACAACAACGAGCAACUUCUGUGCCUCAGCAGAUAGGUAGAAUUGUGCAAAAUCUGAUUGUACAGUGUAAAGAAUAGGACCUUUUGGCUUCAUCAGCUGUUCAACCUGCAUUAAAGGUUGCAAAGACAAUGAUUGAGGUACUGUGGCAAUUGUUUAAAUGACAGACCACUGAAAUUUCAUUUCUCCCAGUUAUUUUAAAAGUUCUGUAACACUGAUACCAUUUUUCCCACUUUUUUUAUUUGAUACUUUUUAAAAAUGAUGAAAGGCAGGUGAUUAAAUGUGUGAAAUUUCUAGGAAAAGAGUGGGGGAGGGGCUGAUCAGUAACAUUCUGCCAGUUAGUCUCAUCAGUCUACUGUGCUGGGGUACAAUACAUCUCUACAAUUUACUAAUUCUUGCACUUUUCUUUUGUCCCUUUUCUCUCACAUUAAGUAACAAGAUACUUUUCUUUGAACUGGAAAAAGUUAUUAGGCUGGAAAAAUGUCCUUUUUAGUGACUGACCACACCAUUAGUUGCCUUUUCAUCAUAUCCCUUCAUUCUCAAAGACGUCCACAAUAUUGUGUUCUGACCACUUUUUUUUUCCACUUCAUCAUUUGAUAACAUUGGGUGUGAAAGUUUAACAUAACUUUCUAAUGGCACAUUAGAACUCUGAAUUCAAAUUACACAUGGGCAAACCCAACUGUACCUCCCAAGUAAUUAUAUCAUGGGAUUAUAGAUCAUCUAUAUAGAGGGGAAGAUAUGUUGGUUUUCUUUUCUGUGCCUUCUAGCCCUGUUUCAUCUUUCCCUUUUGGAUCACGUGUUUCCGUUUUCUCUCUCAUGCUCUUUUGGGUUCUGUCUGGUGAAGUUUCUGUAUCACUGCAAUGUGUGUGUUUGUUGGGUGGGGUCUGUAGUGACUAUCCUUUCUCCACACUGGUGAGAGGAAUGUCACUGAGGCUUCUUCUUGGGUGGUCCCUCUGAUCAAGGAGGACUUGUUUCUACUCUGGUUUUGUAGGUUCUUGGCUGGUUCGUGAGGCCAAUGUAAAACCGCAGACUCUUCCACAAAUGGAGUAGGUGGUGCCUAACAGGGCGGGCAGCUGGGUUUGCAGUUUGUUGGGUAGUCCCUUCUGAAUAAUGCUUCUGCAUAGACUUGAGGUUCUCAAUACCAUCCAAAAUGUGCCCUCUGGACUUGAACUGUGUUGGGUCAGGAGAUUCCCAGGAGUCAGUAGUACAUUUUUGCACCAGGGACUAGAACAAGAUCAAUUUAUGUAAGGAAUAUUGCAAGUGCCAAUAAUCUGUAGGCCUCUGCAGUUGUUUAUUUUCAUACAGCAUGUACAAGUUGACAAGGCAUUUGUGACUUUAAAAGUAUGUCUUUGAAACACUACCCAGAAUUAAGAGAGUGCAAAUGAAGAUGUGUGAUCAACACUUUACUCAGUUCACAUUGAAAUGGAAAAGCUGAGAAAUUGUAAUAGAUUGAUAAGGGAGUUCCUGAUCAACACUUUAUUUUUGUAUUGCAAACCUUCAAUCGUGUCUCCUUUCUGCUUGUCUAGCAGACUCUAUUUGUUUUAAUUUCCCAAAUGAAAUGUGAAAUUCACAGGCCCCAGGUUAAAGUUGGG